GAGGUAAUUGGUGUGUGUGUUUUGGGGUUGCUGUUAAGUAAGAGGCAGGCACGGGUCAUCUGGUAAUUUGAGACGGGGGGGAUGCUAUAAAUAUCCCUAACCUUUCUCUGUGUGUGUGCCUUCAUGCAUCAGUGUAUGGGAGAGAAAUGUGUGUGUGUGUGUGUGUGUCCGUCACUGUAGUGCUGGCGUGUGUGUGCUCAUUCCUGAAAGAAGUGUGGGCAGGCAGACCUCUGGUCAACAUGCUGGCUCACUCCACCUUGCAUUGCAUUACAUGAGCGGUACUAAGCUGUAUUGAGCCUAAGUGAGUGCAGUGGGUUGGUAGCCCCAGGCGCUGGGAGUUGCCUGCCGUUGUAUCGCCUGAGCGUUUGAUCUCCACCAUUCCCUCCAUUCCUUCCCUGCUCACUUCGCUUCUCCCCUUCAGUCUCGCUGGCCAGCAAUGCUACAGCAGGAACUAUCCAGCGGUGGGCUCUGCCACGUCGAUUUUCACCCCAAAAAUGCCUCCUCUGUUGGGGGGCUUUGACGGGCGUGCCCGUGAGUGUCAGACCUGUGCAGCUCCAGCAGCAGUUCGUCCUUCCAGCCCAUCCGCAGCCAGAUCCCCAUCCCCACUGCCCAUGUCAUGCCCUCCACGGCGGCCCCUCCAGCCUCCAAGCCCCACCACACCCAGCCGCAGCAGCGUAGCCUGCCCAGGGAGGAGCCCUCCUCGCCCCCUCACGCCUCCCUCUCCACCUCCCGCACCUCCAGCUCCACCUCUGGCACCUCCAAGUCCUCCCUCUCCAAGUCCGCCUCCUCACCCAACCUGGAUGCCCAGGCAGCGGGUGUGGGCAUGGGGUUCGGGGGUGGUGGAGCUGGUGGGGAUGUAGCGGCUGGUGGAGGCCCGAAGCCGGACUGCCUGAGCCGGUACCGGAGCCUAGUGAACGGGUUGGACCACACGCUGUUCCCUGGUGGAGAGCACACCCGUCUGGAGGAGCAGGAGCACUUUGCCAUGCCCGCUAUGGAGCCCACGCUGAACCAGACGGCGCUCAUGGGGGGCCUGGGACCCGACGCACGACUGAGGACCCAGACUAGUGUGUUUGCGGAGGGGCCCGAGCGGGGAAUGGCUGGGCUUGGCCUGGGGGAAGCGUACCGGUCUCCACUACAUGAGCAGAGCUACAGGGUGUUGCCUGAGGUUCAGCCGGGCAUGAUGACUGGGUCGACAGUGGACCCGUACGGACCGAGAGGGGGUGCGCUGGGGUCGGCCCACCCCCUGGGGCUGGUGGACCGCUGCGGGGGAGGGGAGCUCAACAACUGGCAGCAGCUGGAGAACCUCCGACUACAGGUGGAGCAGAUGCAGCUGAUGACGGCAGGGGGCUACCAGUACCCCCACCUCUACUCGUCUGGUCUCCACUCAGAGAGCAGUAAAUGGGACACUCUAGUGAAGGCCAACGAGACACUGCUGAAGGAGAAGGAGCUGCUCAUAGAGAGGCAGAAGCAACAGAUGUCCCAGCUAGAGCAGCGCCUGAGAGACAGCGAGGUGCAGGUACACACAGCCAUGCUGAAUAGAGGAGCAUCUUACCCUACUGACGUCUGCAUGCUACGAUUGCAGGAGGCACAGCGGGAGAACGCGUUCCUGAGGGCCCAGUUUGCGGAGCGCUCGGAGAGCCUGGCCAAGGAGAAGGCGGAGUCAGAACGCAGGCUGGGCGGAGCAGAGGCAGAGUCUCGACGCAUGAGUGACGCACUGCGCCAGAACACGGAGAAACACAGCGAGGAACUCAAAAGACAGGAGGAGAGGAUCCGCAACCGAGACAAGCACAUCACCAACCUGAAAAAGAAGUGUCAAAAAGAGGCAGAGCUAAGUAGAGAGAGGCAGCAGCGAAUAGAAACACUGGAGCGCUACCUCGCAGAUCUGCCUACUGUGGAAGACUACCAGGCCCAAAGCAGACAGCUUGCGGAGGCUGAGGAGCGUUCUCGUGAGCUCCAGGAGAGAGUGGAGGAGCUGGAGCAGCAUCUUCAGGAUGCCAAAGCAGCGACGCGAGACAGAGAGGCACAGCUGGACGAACAAAGACGACGCGAGAGGGAACUCAUGACCACCGUCACCAGCCUGCAGGAGCGUGUUCAGGAGGGUUUGGAGGACGGUGCUCGAUUACCAUGUCUGGACCUGGAGCUUCUGAGGGGAGAGAACAACAGCCUGAAGGAGGAACAGCAUCGCCUCAAGAAGGUGAUCGAGAAGCAGCUUCGCAUGAUGGAGCAGCUUGGGACCCAGGUCCGGAAACUGGAGGAGCAGGUGGGUCUGGAGGAGAGCAGCAGCCAGGCACUCAGAGAGGAGGUGAUGGCCAAGGAGCAGUGUCUACUGCAGCUACGCACCGCCAUGAAGGAGCUCUCGGUCCAGAAUCAGGACCUGUUGGACCAGACCCUGACACUGCAGGAGCGUCUGGAGGAUGCUGAGCGUGCCGGCUUUGGGCCGGAGGCGGGCCGCGUGUCGCGAGGACCCCCCCAGGCGGCCGCUGCUCGUCUGACGCAGCGUCUGCACGGCGAGAUGUCCGCCUGCCUGUCUGACCUGCGCUCCCUCUGCAGCGUCCUGACCCAGAGAUCACAAGGACAGGACCCUAACCUGUCACUGCUACUGGGCAUGGCCUCGCCCCCUCCUCUGGCGUCUGCGUGUGAGGACUGGCUGAGUUCGGAGGUUCUCCAGAGGAAGUUGGUGGAGGCCCAGCAGCUGCGCCGAGACGUGGAGACACUACGCACCACCAUCUCCGACCGCUACGCACAGGACAUGGGGGACAACUGCAUCACGCAGUGACGUUAUGGGGACAACAGUGACACAGUGACGCAGGACAACGUACAGUAGUAGCACACUAUCACAGGACAACUUGGGAUUCUAUGCACCAACAUCUCCGACCAUUAUGCUCAGGACUUGGGGGACAACGGUGUCACUCAGUGACAAUAUAGGGACAACGCAGUGACGGCUACAUGGGACGAUUCAGUAACACACUAACAACAGGACAACUUGAGAUGCAAUGCUACACUCAGUGAUAUCUGGACAAUGCAGUGUCACAGAGACAUGGAUCACACGCAUAGUAACACACUACCAUAAUACAUACUACAACAGAUGUGGGGAGCUACCUAAGCAAUAUUAUCUCCAACCACUGCCCUCAGGACAUGGGGGACUACUGGCGUCACACAGGGACACAGAACAAUGCAGUGACACACUACCACCGAGACGCAGUGACCUAGGACACACUGCAUUUGCACCCUGCCAUGGGACAUCACACGCUGACAACUGCAUCACACAAUGAUGGUGACAAAAGGACACAUAGGCGACACACUACCAUAGAUCAAAUGCAUUUCUCAUUACUCUGUGAGACACUAAUAAAGGACAAUAUAGUGAGCACCCUCUCUGACUGCUAUGCACAGGACAUGAGGGACAACCACAGUACAUGGUGACACAGUAACAUAGGUCAAAUGGGGAUGAAUGCAUCAGCCAAUCAACUACCAGACAUGUAGAACAUGCAACCACAGGACAAGUGCCUCAUCCAAUCCCCUGCCAACGUAGGACAUGGUGGGCAGCUGCAUCAGCCAAUCACCUAAUGCAGAAACCCAGUCAUAGGCCUAAUUCCUCUGCACCGUCGUGCCUGACUGAACAGAACUCGUAACAUGGAGUGAGGCAGACGCAUACACUCUCAGACAAAUAUAUACAAUCAUACAUACACAACCAAGUAUACAUGCAUGCACAUAGGCACGUACACACACACACACACACACACACACACACACACACACACACACACACACACACACACACACACACACACACACACACACAGCUCCUGUCUGUGCCUCCUUAAGCGGUCAAAAUGACUUUUAUUUUGUUUUAAGUUUGUGGUUGACAAUCAACUGGAAAUGCCUGGAUGCCGAUGAACUAGUUCAAUAAGCUGCUAAUGCCACUGUUAAGCAUGUGUGUCAUGGAGCAGGUGGUUUAGAGACCCUAUGCUCGUUUGCUCUCUCUCUCUCGCUCUCUCUCUCUCUCUCUCUCUCUCUCUCUCUUAUCACACAGUGGUAAGACGUCAGACAGGUGCCUUCUUUUCACUCGUGUCCUCUUGUUCAACAUGAUGCAUCAGAAUAAUGCUCAGCAGAGUAAUGACUAACAUGAAAUGUGUGUGUGUGUGUGUGUGUUAGUUAAUGUUUUUAUACAUCAUUUCAGAUGUUGGUUGUAAAGAGUUGGCCCUCUCGUUUGUGAAACAAACACACAAACAACCUUAACAUUCCCCUCAUCGAUAGAUGAACUAAGUUUUGAAUUGUUUUUGACUUGUGUGUUUUGUUUCGUGUUGGUGUGUUUGUGCUUAGUGUUUUGUAGAGCAGCAUUUGAGAGUUUGUGCUAAGUGUUUGGUAGAGCAGUAUUUCUUGGGUGUUGUGGUGUUCAGUAUUUAAGCUUCCUGUCAGAUGGAUGAGCUCUCGAGUGUCUCGAGUCUAACUUUGUUGCGCUCAUCGAGCCACCACAGCAGUGUUAUCCAAGCACCCAAAAUACCAGCAGCCAUAGUGUGUGUGUGUGUGUGUGUGUGUGUGUGUGUGUAGACCAAUAUAGUGCUCCAGCAGUCUUCUGACACACACAAAUAACUAUCUACUGG